CUCUUGUUUGUCCCUUUCUCCCCCCCUCUCUCUCAAUUUUCUCAUCGCUGUCUGUUUAGUCUUUGCCACAAAUAUGGAGAAGUUUGGUGGGUACGUUUCUCCUUCUCAUAAUAAAUUCGAAUUUUCUGGUGGGGCAAGAUUUUUGGUUCACGUUCAUCCAAUCCAUGCUUCACACAGAACAGAAGAAAGAAGCCAGAAUCUACCAGUUGCUUCAAAAUUGAAGCUCUCAACACAAAGGGAUGUUCCUAAGAAUUUCAGGCAUCAUUUUGAUUGGACUGUCAGCAUGGGCAUUUUCGGCCAUUUACCCUCCAGCUCCUAAAAUCUGUGGUUCUGUUGGUGGUCCGCCGAUAACUGCUCCAAGAAUAAAACUUAGAGAUGGAAGGCAUUUGGCUUAUAAGGAGCAUGGUGUCCCUAGAACAGUAGCCAAGUACAAAAUCAUAUAUAUCCAUGGCUUUUCUAACAGCAGACAUGAUGCAGCAGUUGCAGUUUUUCCUUCUCCAGGCUUCCUUGAGGAACACAGAAUUUAUGUCGUCUCUUUUGAUAGACCUGGAUAUGGAGAAAGUGAUCCGGAUCCAAAGCGAACGGUAAAGAGUUUAGCAUUAGAUGUUGAAGAACUUGGUGAUCAGCUGGGACUGGGUCCUAAGUUUUAUGUAAUUGGCAUGUCCAUGGGUGGCCAAGCAGUCUGGGGUUGUCUCAAGUAUAUCCCUCAUAGAUUGGCAGGAGCUUCUCUACUUGCUCCAGUUAUCAACUAUUGGUGGCCUAGUUUUCCUGCAAACUUAUCUAAGGAAGGUUUUUCCAGCCAACUACCACAGGAUCAGUGGACACAGAGAGUUGCUCAUCAUCUUCCAUGGCUAACUUAUUGGUGGAACACUCAGAAACUCUUUCCUGCCUUGAGCAUUUCAGCCGGUAGGCAUGAGAUCUUUUCCAGUCAAGAUAUUGAAAUCAUUCGCUCUUUUGAAGGGCCAAUGGAUCAGGAAUAUGUGAAGCAGCAAGGAGAUUUUGAAUCCUUCCACCGAGACCUGAUGAUCGGAUUUGGGAAAUGGGAAUUCGAUCCAAUGCUUCUUGAAAACAUAUCUCCUAAGAAUGAAGGAUCCGUCCAUUUAUGGCAAGGCGACGAUGACAAACUUGUGCCUGCUAAGCUGCAACGUUAUAUCACCCAAAAACUUCCUUGGAUUCAUUACCAUGAGUUACCUGGUGCAGGCCAUUUGUUUGCAUUCACAAGGAAAAUGAGUGAAGAAAUUCUGAAGUCAUUGCUUGUGAAAUGAAUUGACGGCGUCUUUUAAUUGUAGUUACGUAUUUUUUUUCAGCUACGUUUCUUCUGGGUUAUACAUCAUGGUGACCUUUACAUAAGUUGAAAAGUAACGACCUUAGUUGAUUACUUUUGUUAUUGUUUACUUGUUUCCUGUAAUCAUAAUGAGAUAUGGGAUAUUUUUUUAAAUCCGUAUAAUCUGAUUGAGAAAUGAAGGGUGCUCAAUCUGACCAUGGUUGAAAAUUAUGUGGGA